AUGUCCAGUUUAACAGGUUCCUUUAAGGCCAUCAUUCAGCUCUUCGGGAAAUAUGUCAUUUUGGGACAUACCCACUGCUUUUUUUACUCUUUAGUCCAGCGAUACCAUGUGGCAAUUUCUCCGACAAAAAUUCCGAUGAAAUCACUGCACAUGACACUAGAAUCGCCAAUGAAAUCGAAGGCACAUGAUGAUGACAUCACAAAAGAGGCGCAGAAAAUCUUAUCGAUGGUUAAUAACCUUAACUACGACUCUACGAGACCUAAUGUCGAAGUUCUCCAGAAUGAAAUGAUUCGUCAAUAUGCAGUUGCCCGAAGAAUUCAGCCAAUCGAAACUGAUCAAAUGAGCACGGUUGGCCAAUCAGAAACAUCGAGCCAAUCACGGUCCAAGGGACAAGUUCGUCUGGAAGUUCUGGCUCGGGUCCAAUAACAUUCAGAGGAAUAAGCUUAACUAUCUGGACCCGAUUCAGCAACUUUUCGAUCAAAUAAAGGAAGAAAAAGAUUUAAUUUGGAAGAGAUGUGCCUUCAUGUCGCAAUGGAAAUCCGUGAACUUGGAGGGAAAAUC